UGAUAUAGGGAUGGUGGUCGUGGAAGUUUUGGAACAUUGUGACUUGCAGCCGAGACCACCGAGGAAAAGCUUCCACGAACAAUAACACCAAAAUGUUGUCCCAAAUGUUGAAGUCUGUGACAAGUCAGAGUCAGACCCGUCAGAGAGCUCUGGCAACCUUUCUGACAUCAGUUAGAAGGAAUGGCACUGUAUCAGAAGCCAGUUUUGAAACUCAACUUUACAAGCUGCACCUACUUGAAGAACCUCCCAGUGCUACAGCCACCUGCACCAGGGAUGAAGCUCUCCUCUUCUACCAUCAGAUGCAAAUUGUUAGGAGGAUGGAGUCUGCUUCCAGUAACCUCUACAAAGAAAAGGCCAUUCGUGGAUUCUGUCAUUUAUACAGUGGUCAAGAAGCCAUCUGUGUUGGUAUAAAAGCUGCUCUGAGGCCUCAAGACUCUGUCAUCACUGCUUAUCGUGACCAUGGAUGGGCAUACGUCAUGGGCUGCUCUGUUGUGGGUAUCAUGGCUGAGCUGACAGGGAGGGCGCAAGGUGUGGCACGAGGCAAGGGUGGAUCCAUGCACAUGUACACCAAGAACUUUUACGGGGGUAAUGGUAUCGUAGGGGCGCAGGUCCCGGUUGGUGCGGGUGUUGCUCUAGCCAACAAAUACUUAGAGAACGGAGGCAUCAAUGUGGCACUGUAUGGUGAUGGCGCUGCUAAUCAGGGUCAACUUUUCGAGGCAUAUAACAUGGCCAAGCUGAUGAACCUUCCAUCUGUUUUUAUCUGUGAGAAUAAUGGUUAUGGCAUGGGCACCAGCAUUGAUCGUGCCGCAGCCUCUACCAACUACUACACCCGAGGAAAUUAUGUCCCAGGAAUAUGGAUUGAUGGUAUGGAUGUGCUGAGUGUGCGGGAAGCCAUCAAAUAUUGCGUUGAUUACUGCACGUCAGGAAAAGGCCCACUGGUACUGGAAGUUGCUACUUAUCGUUACCACGGACACUCCAUGUCUGAUCCGGGCACCUCUUACCGCACCCGCGAUGAAAUCCAGGAGGUCCGCCAAACCCGAGACCCCAUCAUGUUGUUCAAAGAACACAUUGUAGGUGCAGAUCUUGUUACUGCUGAUGAACUUAAGAAAAUUGACAGUGAAGUACGUAAAGAAGUAGAUGAAGCCGUGAAGAUUGCGAAGAGUGAUAAGGAGAUUGCUGUCCAGGAACUUGCUGCUGAUGUUUAUUCAAAUCCCUUGGAGUCCUCCAUUCGGGGCACAACACCCUUCGACCCUUACACACACCAGCGCCUCAGCAAAAUCACCAAUUUGCAUUGAUGUGUUCUCAUUGUUUUUAGCAGUUGUGCAAAAGUUGUUCACAAAGUUGUUCACAUAUUUAUUUACACAGGGUGUAGGGACACAUUUCUGCAACUGUACCAGUAUACAGUUAAAAUAAAAAUUCAUGAUGCUUGCAUGGUAAUCCAUGCAAGCAUCAUGAAUUUUUUUUAACUAUCAUGUACUGGUACAGUUGAAAAAAAAAAAGAGAGAGAGAGAGA